AUGGCUGCCCUGCAGCCUCUGGUGAAGCCCAAGACCGUCAAAAAGAGGAUCAAAAAGUUCACCCAGCACCAGUCAGACCGAUAUAUCAAAAUUAAGCGAAACUGGCGGAAACCCAGAGGUACGGACAACAGGGUGCGGAGAAGAUUCAAGGGCCAGAUCCUAACGCCCAACACUGGUUACGGGAGCAACAGGAAAUCCAAGCACAAGCUGCCUAGUGGCUUCCGGAAGUAUCAGGUCCACAGCAUCAAGGAGCCGGAAGUGCUGCUGAUGUGCAGCACAUCUUUCUGUGCUGAAAUUGCUCACAAUGUUUCUUCCAAGAACGGAGAAGCCAUCGUAGAAAGAGCAGCACAGCCGGCCAUCAGAGUCACCAGUCCCAACGCCAGGCUACCCAGCAAAGAGAGUGAGUAG